GUCAGAAAAGGAGGGGAAGGGAAAGAAGGAAGCUCGUCGAUAAGUUUUUUUUGUGUGCGUUUCUUCAACGUUAUACACUUUCACAAACAGAAGGCAUUACUGGCCUUGUGGGGAUCAAACUGUUGAAGAGGGAGAUCUGAAGGGAAGGUCGGACAGCAGUUUGUCAGCAGUUGUGCACAGCUGAUGACAACAUCAAAUAUGAACACUUUUUAAGGCCUUGGGCCUCGAGUGACUGUAAAGAGACCCUGGACAGAGAAUAAGAGAGACCAUGUCCUCUGAAUUGGACUCCAGUCUCACCAGUAUUGACUGGCUGCCUCAGCUGGGAAUCAGCAGCCUGCGCUCGGGGAGAGAGAGAGGAGGAGGCGAGAGGGACAAGAAGAGAGACAGAGGGAGGGAGAGAGGAGACUUCCUCCCCUCUCUGCCGGACCCCUCGCCGUCUAACUACAAAGGGAAACCCCCUCACAGCUAUGCCACUCUCAUCGCCAUGGCAAUAGCAGCUGCACAUGAGAGGAAGUUGAGUUUGAAUGACAUCUACACCUGGAUCAGUGACACGUUCCCCUACUACUGCCGAGCUGGCCGCGGAUGGAAAAACUCCAUUCGGCAUAAUCUGUCCCUUAAUAAAUGCUUCAGGAAGGUUCCUCGGCCACAGAAUGACCCCGGCAAGGGAUCCUAUUGGACGAUGGAUGGACCUGCAGAGGGGAAUCAAGGGAGGGCACCUAAACGUCCCUAUCCAGAGGAGGAAGAGGAGAGGCAGGAUGUUCUUCAAGUGCCAGGAACACAAGUAGAGAGAGGAGCCUCUCCUCAUCAGCCACCACCGCCCUCCCACACAGACCACCAGCUUCUUAACACAGAGCCACUGGGAGCCACCCAGCAGCAGCCUCCCCACUAUGACUCCUUCUCUCCUCCCCCAUGCAAGCAACCAUCACCCUACAUGCCCAGCCCCGUGUCCACUCACCCUGUCCAUCAUACGUCUGUCUGUCCUUCAAAUGGCCCAAUGUCUUCCAUUAAUUCUUUCCCACCUCGCCAUCCACCCGGGCCCGCUUUUUCCAUCCCCCCUGCCUCUGCUGCAAAUAUGUCUUCUCCAGCGGCUCCCUCUUUCUCCAAUGCCACUCUGUCCUUUCCUGCUACUUCAGUGUCUCUCCCCACUUUCUCCUGCGCUCCUAACUCAGUGCCUGUUUGCACUAUGUCAGCACACACCCACUCCUCUGCAUGUGUUGUCCCUCCAUCUGUUGCUGCCCCUCCUGUUGUCUCGGUGAACUCCUCCACUGACCCUCCGCUGAGUUUCACCUUCGAUGAGAUGAACUUGCCAGACUUGUAUGCGUCUUUCAAGUCUCUCUUCAAGACCAUGCGGGAGAGGGGUGGCUCACAGUCGGAUGUUGCUCCCCUAGGUUUUCUGAACAAUGACACUACCCCACUUCACACUCCAACUCUACUACCAAUGUCUCCUUACCCUGCACCACCUGCCGCACCACCUCCACCAGCUGCACACCCUCCUGAGACGGAGCGCAUUCCACAUUACACGGUGCCAGCUGACUGGUUCAGUAACCAAGAUUCUCUGAAGGAGAGCUUCCGCAUUGCCAGCAAUCUAGACUGGGCAAACAUAGACCUCUCUGGUCACCCAGAGCUGGUGGAGAGCAUGCGGCAGGCGGAGCUCUGCGACUGGGCCUUGGACCCGGGGCUCUUUACUUCCCUCUGUGACUCUCUGAACCGCUUCUUCACUCAGAAAGGCAUGAUUACCUCUGGGAAUAACUCCCCACUCGCCCUCGGUGUACCUCACCCCCUACAGGUCCCACCAAUCAACUCCAAUCCACCUCCUACCCUCGCCAGCCUCACUCACCCCUCACCCCUCCCUUACUCUCCCAUAGUUCACCCCGCCAGUGGAGUGCAGCCACUCCGGAGAGCUCUACACAUGCAGGGACAGAGACCACAGCUAACACAACCUGCAAACACACCUGCUGGGAUGCAGCCUCAGUCUAUGACACCACGACAGCGUCCUCCAUUAAAGAGUCUGCACAGCAACAGUGACGAGAUCCAGGAUGACUUUGACUGGGAUUCUCUGCUCGGUUGACUCUCACCGUCUGUGUGGAAAAACAAUAACAGAACUUUUCAGAGAAAUGUGGCUCUUCACAGCCGUCUUCCCUAAACUCUAUGCAGAGGCUGCCUCACUUGUGCAUCUUCAAGCUUCUCGGAGAGCAAGUUUGGGAUCAAGUUUGUCACAUUUGACUGAAUACUGUAUUCCAAGGUUGAAAUAGUUCUCACCUUUAUUCAAAUUCAUAUGCUGUUAUAACUUUUGUUUAUCUUUUAUUCUGUAGGCAAUUGGCAGGAAGUCUUUUUCUGUUGGAUUUAAAAACAUGUUUACCAAAGAAAAUAAACUGUAAAUCUAU